AUGUCUUUGAAAGAGAGGCUUCUGGAUGUACGACAGAACAUAAAUAAAAAAUCAUCCACCGCUACACUCAUAGCGGUUUCUAAAUACCAACCAGUUAGUAAGAUAAAAGAGUUUUUGAGUUAUCACCAGACCGAUUUCGGUGAGAAUUAUAUACAAGAGCUAGAACGCAAGAGUAAGGAGUUACAAGGCAGUGACAUAAAGUGGCAUUUCAUAGGUAAACUACAAUCUAACAAACUCAAAUCAUUAGCCGCUAUACCGAACUUGAAAUCGAUUCAAACAUUGGAGAAACUUUCACACGCGAAGAAGUUGGAUGAGCUGUUAACUAAACAGCUUGAUAUAUUUAUACAGAUAAACACUUCUAAUGAGGACAAUAAGGGCGGUUUGGGUAAUCAUUCGAGCGAGUUAGACGAUUUGAUAGCAUUCCUCAAACAGUCUAAGCAUCUCAAUUUAAUCGGAUUAAUGACGAUAGGUAGUCUUAAAGAAUCUACAGCUGAUAGUGAGGUCAAUAACGACUUCAUGAGACUUGUAGACACUCGCAACACACUCAAUCAGCGUCAUGGUUUGAAUUUGAAACUUUCAAUGGGUAUGUCUGCUGAUUACAUUCGGGCUUUGGAUUAUCAAUCGGAUUUCGUAAGAGUUGGUUCGCUGCUCUUCGGCGAAAGACCACAAAAGCAUGAGUUAUAGAACUUUUUGUAUUUAAUUGCAUAGAACUAAUUAAUUUUAGUGAUUAUUUUUG